CUUUAAUGUCGCCCACCACCCCAUAUGUGCAGUCCGGGGAGCCUCUCAAUGAUUUCCUUCGUUCAUUUUGGCAGCGGCAAGUGGAUGCGGCAGAGCAAGAGACCCCAGAUUACCGGCAUCCUCCACUCCCUCUCGCUCGCAUUAAGAAAGUAAUGAAGAGCGAUCCAGACGUGAAGAUGAUCGCAGCAGACGCGCCUAUCUUAUUUUGCAAAGCAUGUGAAAUCUUCAUUUCUGAAAUAACCGCACGCGCAUUCAUCAUAGCCGACUCAAAUAAGCGUCGAACACUCUCCCGUGCCGAUAUUGCGAAGGCACUUGCGAAGUCAGACCAAUUCGACUUUCUGAUAGACAUUGUCCCGAGAGAGGAGGGGCUUACGGGAUUAACUCAGAGUAGUGCAGGGGCUGGUGCCAUUGCGGGGGGGUCUGGGUCAAGUAUGACGAACUUAGUUGCAGGUCCAAGCCAAGCUGCUCCCCAUCAGGAUUCUGAGCAUCAUGCAGGUGAUGAAUCUGGAAAUUUGCCUUCGGCAGUGGUAUUGGAUCAGCUGCAGUCUUUAUUAGCGCCAUCGAAUGCAAUGCACGCAUCAUGACCCGCUCAUGCAUCCACCGAUAUAUCAUGGAUUUGAAAUAGGGAUGCGCCGGGUCGCGCGGGAAGGUCUCCAUUUUUAGCAGGGUCAACACCAGAGUGCAUUGCGGUAGGACGUUCAGCAUCUGCUGUCAUACCUACACCGAUUAGAUUUGCACACCCGACGCGUUCGCUGCUCAUACAGAAACUUUCAAGUAGAUAGUGCGUGAGCCAAGAGUCCUAUCCAAUCUCUCAAUAGCCA